UUUAAAGACUAUCCCUUACAAAAAGAUUAUGAUGCUUAGGUGGGCUCUGCUUACCUUUUGUAUGGUUAUUUCACUGAGUAGCCGUACUAAGGCAGUCCCGAGCAUUGCCGCGUUAAACCUUGUCAAAGAGGUCGUAUCGUGUAUCAACAAAACAUGGAACCUGGAAGAUUCCAGCAAACCAGAAGUGAUUCUCCAAAGUAUGUACCAAAACAGCCGAAAGAUCGAAGAUGUUGAACAUCAGAUCCUCAUCACGGUCGAGCUAUCCGUGGGUAAUCUGCUCAAGCAGUUUGGAUCCUACCCCAAACUGAAGCAUAACCUCCAAGAUCUCGCUGACCAGGUGGAACGCAUCAGUAGACGGGAAGGACCUAUGCGAGCGUACGCAGAUUCCGAGGGGCAGCUCGAACCGCACAAGCUGGAAGCGUUUGCAAGCAGUUCCGUGGCACAUGGUGUCAACAGUGUGCGAGAACUUUUAACGCGGAUGAAGCGGUUGGUGCUGGGAUCGCCGAAUUUGCCGUCCCGUAGACCUGGUUUGCUCGAACUGGUUCUUGAGGCAAUGGGUAAACCCGAUAACGCUUGCAACCUUGGACUUUCGGCGCAGCAGAUUCUGUACCAACUGUACUCCGCCAUCGUGAUCACUGACCUCAGAGGUUACAGCUUGAUGCAGUUCUCCUGGAUGUUACUGAAGACGUACGGCAAGGAUAAUGUUCCUACAAAGGCCAAACGGAUGCGUCAGACGUUCGAGUAUCGCACAAACCGGAUCCAGAUGCUGCUACAGCAAGUUAUGACGCAAGCUAGUCGCGAGUAUUGGCGCUGUGAUCCUGAGCGGAACCAGCACAAGGAGGGGAAAACCUUUGUGCAAAUUACCCGACUGCUGCAGGGCUACGUCGAGCUCGAGCUGAACAUGAACACGGACAAUACGUGCGUGGAAGAAUGCUCUUUUUAUAGCUGGGGUGUCCAACAGGAGGGGUGCUACAAGGAUCAGUAUUGCACGAUGCAACCCAAGUGUUCGGGCAAGAUCUACGACUGUGAGUUUAUCGAUUCGGACAUGUGGAUCUGCCCAGCGGCGAAGACGAGCCAUCGUCGAUAUCACUUCAUUGAGUACGACAACGGAAAGGUGCUUGGGCAGAAGAAAUAUUGUGCCCAAGGCAGGACUAAAGUGAUGUCGUGGACUCGCUAUUUUUUCUAUCGCUGCAGCUACUGUUUCUGUAUGUGCGACGAUGCCGGCAAGAACUCUGACCGGUACAUCAACAUGCGCGAGUCCGUUUCGGACGUUAUGGAUAACAAGGUCGUCACCGGCAUGCGCUUCAUCAAGAAAAACCAGAUCAUUCACUUGAUCGUUCAGCAAGGUCGUCUACUGCCACGAGGGCACAUCGACAACGGCACGCUGGAGUGGGUGGAACCACACAACUACACCGUGAUGUCGCAGAAUGUUCGUACCGGUCGUGAUUACCACACGUUGAACCGCAUCAACCGCAUCUUGGACCUGGAUGAUCUGUACGUGCCUCAAGGAUACGUCAUGACCGGAGUUCGUUUUCGUCUGUUGGGCAACCAUCUCAACCUGGAGAUUCGGAAGACCGAGAUGAACUUCGCUACGGGUCAGUUGAUAGAUUCGAACAAGAAUAUCUGGAUCGGUAACGAUAAUACGGAGCGAAGCGUUGACAAAAGAACCGAACUCAAGCUGGAUCGACCGCAUGUCCCGCUUCUAUCGCCCUCCAAGUCGAUCCCAGAUUCCGCCAGUAACCAGUUUAUUCAGUUCCGUGCGAGUGAUCGCGACAUGGACGCCGCUCAGACUACGGUUCCAUUCUUCGAUACUCAGCCGGUGGCUCCAGUGAGGCCCGUUCCCCUGUCCGGUGCUGGUUUGUUCCACAAAGGUCGGCCCAAGUUCGGUGGCUUUGUGACAUCCAAGGUGAUGACGUACGACUUUCUUCCUCAUAUUGUGGACCCGUAGAAGAUUAAGAGACUUUAUUGAUAAGAAAAAAUGCGACUUCCUGGAGUUAUAUUAGAUUUUAAAUUUUGUGAUUAGAAUAUUCUACUGUUGACUGUUCCUGCUGAACUAGCUAAAACAACCUUCAAAAAAUACAUUUAUACUCCAACACAAUCCAUUUCAACGAAUUAUGUUUGCGGUUAACCUUACGCAGUUGGUCUGGCCGUUUAGAA